GUGACCGUAUCGCUGGACUCCCACGCCUUCCCUCUCUAGAGUCUAGUCCCUACUCUCUCUUAUACCCCUCAGUAUGACAUUUCUUUUCUUCGUCUAGAAGUAAAUCGAAUCGCUAUUUUAUAUCUCAACUGCCUCUCACAAAUCAUUAUUGUAAUUUCAUAUCUCCGCCAAUCCCUACUCAUGCAAGAAACGGAGCUUCACGAUUUAUCCGACGAUGCUGAUUAUGCCGCUUCUAUGCAGCAAGGAUCAUCAAGCAUAAUGAGGAGCGACAGCAGCAAGACUAGCUCGUCCAGCGAAACCGACGGUGCCGAAGUGGUUUAUUUGAAAGAUAAUGUUACAAUUCACCCCACUCAGUUUGCAUCUGAAAGAAUUAGCGGAAGAUUGAAGCUAAUUAAACAAGGCUCCUCUCUCUUUAUGACCUGGAUUCCGUACAAAGGACAAAACUCAAACGCGAAGUUAUCUGAGAGAGAUAGGAAUUUGUAUACCAUAAGGGCGGUGCCUUUUACGGAUGUGCGGUCCAUUCGCAGACACACUCCAGCUAUUGGGUGGCAAUACAUAAUUGUUGUUUUAUCAUCAGGCCUUGCUUAUCCUCCACUUUACUUUUACAAUGGCGGAGUUAGAGAGUUCCUUACUACUGCAAAGCAACAUGUUGUUCUUGUGAGGUCAGCAGAAGAUGCAAAUGUAUUUCUUGUCAAUGAUUUUCAAAGUCCUCUGCAGAAAACUUUAUCUUCUUUGGAGCUGCCUGGGGUGGUUACUGUAGCAAGUGGGCCAUCAACACCUGUUUCAGUUGGCGACUCUCUUUUAAAUGAAAACCAAGAUAGGACCUAUGGGGCAGUUGGCCCGGUGAGUUCCAGUAUUUCUCGGUACAAUGGGAGACAGAGGCAAAAGGGUCAUGAUCCUGCUCGAGACAUCUCAAUUCAGGUAUUGGAAAAAUUCUCUCUGGUGACCAAAUUUGCCCGGGAAACAACUCAACUAUUUCGUGAAAAUCAUAGUAAUGGUUUUGGUCCUUUUGAGAGGAAAUUUGACAACCAGUCUGUCGAAAAUCACCAUCACGAAGCAUCCUAUGACACAUUGAAAGAUAGUGAUGCAGAGAAUGUUUGUGGCGAAAUUCCAGUAGCCUCAGAUCCUCUCGAGUUGGAUAAACAAACACUAGUGUGGGGAAAACCCCGACAGCCACCCUUGGGGCCUGAAGAGUGGGCAACCUUUUUGGACAACGAAGGUCGAGUUAUGGAUUCAAAAGCUUUAAGAAAGAGAAUUUUCUAUGGAGGAAUUGAGCACAAAUUACGCAGAGAGCUCUGGGCAUUUUUACUGGGAUACCAUGCAUAUGAUUCAACAUAUGCUGAGAGGGAGUAUUUUAGGUCCAUUAAAAAGUCAGAGUAUGAGACCAUAAAACACCAGUGGCAGAGCAUCUCAACUGAACAGGCAAAAAGAUUUACAAAAUUCAGGGAGAGAAAAGGACUUAUUGAUAAAGAUGUGGUAAGGACAGAUAGGUCACUCCCUUUCUAUGAUGGGGAUGAUAAUCCAAAUGUGAAUAUUCUACGUGAUAUUCUGUUGACGUACUCCUUCUACAACUUUGAUCUUGGUUACUGUCAGGGUAUGAGUGAUCUUCUUUCCCCCAUUUUGUUUGUAAUGGAAGAUGAGUCAGAAUCAUUUUGGUUGUUUGUGGCACUGAUGGAACGUCUUGGACCCAAUUUUAAUCGUGACCAAAAUGGAAUGCACACUCAACUUUUUGCAUUGUCUAAGCUGGUGGAGUUGCUAGACAGCCCAUUGCAUAAUUAUUUCAAGCAGAAUGAGUGCCUGAAUUAUUUCUUUUGUUUUCGCUGGGUUCUAAUACAAUUUAAAAGAGAAUUUGAAUACGAGAAAACAAUGCGUUUAUGGGAGGUACUAUGGACACAUUAUUUGUCUGAGCACCUGCAUUUAUAUGUAUGUGUUGCAAUCUUGAAACGGUACCGGAACAAAAUAAUGGGGGAGCAAAUGGAUUUUGACACACUCUUGAAAUUCAUUAACGAGCUGAGUGGUCGGAUUGAUCUUGAUGCAAUUCUAAGAGAUGCUGAGGCAUUGUGUAUUUGUGCUGGUGAGAAUGGUGCUGCUUGCAUCCCUCCUGGAACUCCACCUUCACUGCCAGUUGACAAUGGUUUGUUAUAUUCUCAGCAAGAUGAUGACGUAUUGUAAAUAUGAACCCUGUCCUGGAAAGGAUUUAUCAGCUUUCAUAUUCUCAAUUUUCUAUGGAGACAUUUGCUGCUUUCUGUAAUGAGCUUCUGUAAUACCUCAAAAUCUUUUCAUUUAUGAAGUAAGUCUACGGGUACUCAGUUGAAAGAAUUGUCAUCGUAGGUUGAUGGAUUCCAUUGUUUGA